AAUAAAACAAAAUUGUUGUAAUGUUGUUACUGUUGAAGUUACUGGUCUUGUACUCCAGGUAGUUCCGUUAGGUUUAUAUUCCUAGGUUUAUCAUUAGCUUCUGUCAGGGUACAACCAAUGAAGUUUUAAUUCUAAGUUUGGGAGGAAUUGGAAAUUAUAGAAUAGUGCGGCUUUAUAAUACAUUUUUUCAUUACAAGAAAAAGUGAAAUUACAGAUAGUUAAUUAAGUUUUACUGGACCAAAUCUUGUAAGCAAUUUUCAUUUGCUUUCUGGUUUUCGCCACCAUGACGAAGAGAAAUGUGAAAGCAACAGUUGAUAAAGAACCGGAUAGAAGUCGUAGGGAAUCGUCUUCAGAUGGAAGUGUUUUAGAAAAUCCAAUUAAUAAUGGUACCAAAAAUAAUAAAUCUAGGAAGUGCAAAGCACAAGGUUCCAAUAAAACAGCCAGUAUUUUAAAACUAAAAACAAGCUCUAAAUCAAAACAUCUUAGUGAAUCAUCUUGUGAUUCUAUGGUAAAUGAAGAAUGUAAUUUAGCAAAACAUGAAGAAAUUGCAUCAAAUGAUAAAAAUAGGAAUAUGCCAGAACACUCUUCUGGAGAUCCGAUUGAAAAUCAUUUUCAAGAGAGAAUUCCUGAUGGUAAAGAAAGCCAAACUAAAAUCAAUAGUGACAAGUAUUCUGAACUUUUAAGUAUACUGAGUGGAAAAGAAGGUGAUAUUGAUACCUUUAUUAAACAGUACACAAUAUGGCAACAAUCUCAGUCGAAUAAUGGUAAACCUCUUAGGACCAAAAAGAAUGUUGCUAAAUCAACUCAGGUACUUCAAAAGCCUAUGAAAUCCAAAGCUAUAGCUGCCACACCUUUAAUAAAACUAACCAAAAAAACCAAUUCUAAAAAAGUGAUCAAAGAUUCUAACAAUAGGAGUUCUGUUCCUAACCAGGAAGGUUUGAAACAACCUGACUCUUCUGAGAAUGAAAUCAAGAAUACUGAAAGUUCUAGUUCUGAGAAUGAAAUCAAGAAUAUCAAGAAUACUGAAAGUUCUAGUUCUGAGAAUGAAAUCAAGAAUACUGAAAGUUCUAGUUCUGAGAAUGAAAUCAAGAAUAUCAAGAAUACUGAAAGUUCUAGUUCUGUGGGCAUGGAGGAUUCCAAUAUUGAGAUAAAAAGUGUAGAUUCUAAUAAGACAAUCGGACAUUUGAGUGAUACCAAAACUGUGGACAAACACUCAAAAGUGAUGGCUGAAGAUAUUGCUGACUGCUGUAAAGAUGUCAAUAUAGAUAUGAAACCUAAUACUGUUUACUCAAAAGUUAAAAGUAAAAGUCUGAGAGGCAUCAGUAAUGUCAUGAAACAUGAGAACGAGAAGCCUGAAGAGUUACCUAAAGAAGAGAUAACUAAGAGUCUGAAUCCUAUUAAUACUCAGGUCAAAGUUGUUGAUGCAGAUUUUAAAGAUAGUAGUAAACAUCCGAUUACUACAAAAUCUGAAAUCAGUGGCUCAAAACAAGUUGAAGUGUCUGAUGAAGAUCCAUAUAUAGUUCCUGAAAUUACAACCAAAGUUAUAAAUUUAAUAGGAAAAUCUGAUUCAGAAAAUGAAAUUAACUUGAAUAAUGAAGAAGUUAAUAAUGUUAUUGUCGAUUUGGAUAAAAAAGAUUUAGUUCAUGAAGAUGAAGAUAAAAAAUCAGAAAUCUGUGGAAAUGAUAAUUUAUUAGAUUAUCUUGAUUCUGAUAAUUUAUUUUCAGAAACAAUUCAGAAAAAUGGUGAAAAGAAUAAUAGUAAUAUUAUCAGUAACCUUGCUGAUGAAAGUAAGGAAAAUGAAGGAGUAAAUUGUCCUAAUGAGCUAUUGAGUAAUAAUCCCUGUAUUAAGGAUUCUUUUUCAGAGGUAGCUGUAAAUGAUCUCUCAAAAAAUGAUGCAAUUAAACUACAUAUUGGUGAUAAGCAUUUAGAUUCUAAGUUUGAUGGUUCUCUGCCUAAUUUGAAAUCCAAAUCCCAGUCUUGUUCAUCUAUACCUAAUAUUGAAAAUAAUAUAUUUGAAGAAUUGCAGCAUUUUGAUAGUGAGAACAAAGAGAAAACUAACACAUCAGCUGUUCUCAUAGUCAGUAAUGUCACCGUGGCUGAGGGAGAUUCAGAAAAUGAUAUUGUGUGGAAAAGGAAGAGAAGAAUUAGCGAUGAAAAAAAUGACUGUUCCAAAAGAACAAAACUUGUUACAAGAUUGAAUGAUGCAAAAUUUGAACAACUUAACCAUGAUAUAACUUCAUCUGAACCUCCUUUUAAUAAAUGGAACACUGAGGAAUCAAAUUCGUUUUUCGAAGAACUUAUUUAUUCUGAUGAAGAAAAAAAUAAUUUUAAUGAUGACCAUAUUACUUAUAACAUUUCUAAGUCAGCAGAUCUCACAAAAUUUAAAGAAAAUUUAAGCCAUAAAACAAAAAAAAAUACCUCAAAAUCUGAUUUAGAUAAAAAGAUUAUUGAAAAAUCGAACAGUAUAAAGAAUAACUACUCUCUUAAAGAUGGUAAUUUUUAUGUUUGUCCUGAAUUCUUAAAAGAAUCUACUAAUGUUGAAAAUGUAAAUGCAUCCCAUAAAGAAGUUAAUAAAGAAUGGAAAGAGAAAAAAAGUACUGAUCCUUUAUGUGGUAGUUCUCGGAGGAAUAAAUAUAAUAUGAUGGAAAAGGAUAAGAUUACUAAAAUUAGUUCUAAAAGUAAAAACCAGAUGAAAAGUAAGGUGAGAUCUCCUAAAUCAAAAAAGUCUUCAAAUCGCAGAGUUGAUGUAGAAGAUCUUCAGAUUAAAAAUGAAUGUGAUAUUUCGUAUGAAUCUAUGCUUAAAAAAGUGAAGAAACAACUGAAAAAUGGCAAUAGAUGUAUUUUAGAAACAGAUCUACCAGUUGUUGAAGUUUCUUACAAAGGAGAAUCAUUGCAUGGCAUUCUUGGUAGUGUGAAUAGUAUUGAUUUUUUGACCAAGUUCAGAUUGAAUAAGGAGAAGCAAAGAAAUGAAAACAUACUUAGUAGCAUUCAUGCUCAAGAAAUUUUAAUACAAUCACUGCGCCCACUGUGCUCUGAAAUGGUGAGAGAAUGUUCUUGCAAGAACAUCCAGAACUGCAGGAAAGGACACAUGGUAUCUAAUGAUUUUUUCAGUAUUAUGGAUAAACACGAUGCUUGGUUGAUAGUUGCAUUUAUAUUAAGAAUUUCUAACUGUCUAUCGGAAAACAUCUUAACAGCUAUCCUAGAGUUCUUAUCUAAGCAUAAGGCAAGAAGAAAAAUUCUUUUAGUUUCUAGACAUAUUUUCCAAAGUCAACAAAACAACUAUCCCAUUCUGAAAUCUUACUGGGAAGAUAUAUUAAUAGCUCUAGAAUGCUGUGGACUUCAGAGAUGGGAAGGAAUAAGGUCUGUGAUUCAAUUCAUUAUAGAUACACAUUCAUCUUUGAAGGCGGUGGUUUUUCAUAAGUUGCUGAAGAUAUGGAAUGUGCAUCAAUCAUCUUUUUCAAAUACUUGGCAGAUUGUAGAACCUUUAGUAACUGGGAAAAUAAUUGUUUUGCAUCCGUUAAUUUUAUCUAAAUUAAUGGGUGAAAUAAUUGCUGUGGAACCUAAAGAUAAAGUAAAUAUUUAUCGACUUUUAGUCCAACAGUUAACAUCUUUAACAAACGAUAACUUCAUUCAAAUAAGUUAUCGGUUAUUGAAUGACUUCCUUAGAAAAGUUUCACAAGAAGGAUUACAUAGUGAAGAAAAAGUGUUGAGAGAAAUAAUGAAAACAUCAUAUUAUAGCCCCUUUUUUCCACAACAGUCGCCUACUGUUACCAAUUCUUCAUCGUUACGUAGAUGCAGGUCAUUGACUAACUUAAGCAGCAUUAGCUCAGACAAUAAAUUUCAUAUUAAUGCGACAGUCCAUGAAGAGGAAAAAAUGGAAGCUGCAAUGCAAAGAGCCUUACAAUGUUCAAAUUAUGAUUCUAUUGUUAAAGUAAUAAUCGCUUCAUAUAACAAAGUAUUUAUCAACAAAGUUUUGCUGUUGGUCUUCAACUAUGCUAUGGAUAAAAAUUCAUUUAUCAUAUUGAAAAAUAUUUUUGCCAAACUUAAGACAAGCUUUGCACAAUAUGUUGACGAAGCAAAAGACCUAAUUGGAAAUAUUGUUGUCACUUUGAUGUUGGAUUCUGUGAAGCAAUUUAAUUGGAAGGAGGCAAAUAAUUAUUUUAAUUUGUUAGAAGAGAACCAUGUUAACAAGUACAAAUUGAAGUCUUUAACUGAUGGAACUUUGCGUCCCGUUAGGCUUGCUGUUGUCUAUUCUGAAAUUCACUACUACAAUGGAAGAUACAAGGAAUCUAUUGGUGUCUUUAUCAAUACAAGGUUAAUAGAUCCUGACUCAGUACAGUGGAUUAUUCCAGGUGGAAGUAAAGAUGAUUUCCAAAUAAUAGGUGUUAUGAUAGUAUUUUUAUUAAAUGAACUUAUAAAUAAGAAAAUUAUCAAUAUUGCUACUAUGUUAUUCAAAGCUGUCCUCGAAGUUCAAAACAGUUUAACUGAACCAAUAGAAAUUGGUAACUUUUUUGAGGUAUUGUUAUACAAGCUAUUCGAACAGACUGAAGAAUAUCCUGAGACAGCAGUGAAAUUGUAUAUGCGUGUAAUGGCAAAGGAUAAUAACGUGACUUUGUGUGGUCUUACCUAUAGAGCAUUGAUUAUUCUUGCAUAUAGAACUCACAAACGUGCUAUUAUAAAAGACAUCUUUUAUAAAGCCAUAAAUGAAUAUGUUUAUCCAAUUAUAGAGGCAAAUGAAAAUGUAAUAAUACUUUUGAGGUCUCAUACUGAAGAAGAAAUAAUUGUAUAUAUCUUAGAAUGGGUGGCAAGAUUUAAGGAGAAAAUAUCUGAUUCUAGCAACUAUCAAAUUAAAAUUAGGUUCAAGGAUGCAGUAUUAGAAGAUUACCUCGACAAUAAGGACUUAGGUAUUCCAGCCCUCUUAAAAGAAGUUGAUCAGACUCUCCCUGGAGCAUUUAAAAGAUUGGAAUCUGUCUUAAAGAGACUUCAUUUGAAAUUUAAACAAAUAAAGAAAGAUACCUUUUCUAUCGAUCCUUUAUCCUUUCAAAACUUCCUUAAUAAGAUCAAAGUUUAGUGAGGAGUACAUUUUUUUUUUCUAUUUUUUUAACAAAUGUGGUUAAAUUUUUAUUUACUUGUUUUAUUUAUUUAUUUUUUUGUAAUUUUGCUUUUAUUUCAAUAUUUUUAAUGGUUAUUUUUCUAUCUAUUCUAGUUUUAAGGAAGUUAAUUAUUUUAUUUCAUGGUGUUUAUGAAAAACCUUAUUAUUUUUAUAACACUGUUGUUUAUAUUAACAGUGAAUGUUGAUAUUAAGAAUUUAUUUGAUAUAAAAUUUUUCUUAAUUUUUAUAUUUUAAGAUUUUUAUUUAAAAUCCUCAUCUGUCAAUUAAAUCCUGGAUUCACUACUGAUUAUGAUUAUAUUAUCACUAUACUCCCCUUUAUUAUAUAUAUGCAAGCGAAGGUAAAGAAGUUGGUUAUUAA